UCAAUAUUCAUCGUGUAGGUGGUGGUUACGGCCUUGCUUGGCGGUUACUAUCACCCAUGUUUCGGUCCCUAGUACGAACGCGGCCAUCGUGGCCGGGGGCCAGCACCAGACCCGCGAUGCAACCUCCCAGAGUGUCGGCUGCUCAUCAGCAGGGACCAAGGCAGGUCCAGCAGCCUGACGCUGUGCGGUCCCAGCCUUUCCACUCCACGGCUCCGGCGUCCAUCGGAUUCAAGAACUUCAAGAACUCGCCAAGGCCUAAGUGGAAGACGCAACAAAAACUGGACGCCAAGAACGCAGACAUUCUUGCGAAAGCGGGAGGCCAGCCGCGCGUGACCUACGCCGAGGCCCUGAAAUCGCACAAGCCGAGGGCGUGGAUCGGUGCAAGGAAGAAGGUCGUGUGGGGUCGGUUGUUCGGGCCAAGCAACACCGGUGGUGGCAACAAACAAGGCCAAUAGUCCAGCACGCUCGGGCGCAUCGCGGCGGAAGGGUCGACGGGGGCGAGUGAACGGGGGCAGGGGGGCAGAGGCGGCGCCUUUCCAUUUCAGGCGGGUGAGGGAGGUGGUGUGAAGAUCGGUGGUGCGCAAACCUAAGCUUCCAACAGGAAACCAGGAGCGUUUGAGCUGUUGUCCUCAAGGGCGGGGGCUCGGGGGUGCAUCGAGAGCGACGGCAGGAAGGGGGGAGCGGGGCGGAGACGCGGCCGAUCAGACAGUGGUCGAUUUUCCCUCCUUGGACAAGAAAGCGCUGACUCCGUGUCUCCUUCAGACCGAAGCGCAACAGCUCCCAAUUUUUGCUUCAGCCAAUCCCCUACCCUAGAGAGGGUGGAAAUCCACAGGAGUUGGAUGAGGAUUGGCAGAAUGGUUGGUGCAGGGGAGGCGGGAGAGGCAGGGGACAGCACCGAGCCGUACACUAGGGUAAACGUAUCCUUGACGUUUGUGAUUUUUUCAUGUCACGGAGUCGUUGGAUCUGCUCUGUUUCCUCCGACAUCACCGGUAUUGAUGAUGGUGGUGAUUGUGUCGGUGCCCCGCUUCUUAGCGUGGGGAUUUAGUUCGUGAUCGGAUAGGCAAGUUGCUCGAGCUGGCAAAUUUCCCCCCAAGAUGCUAGGGUGGAGAUGAAAUCAGGGCGCACGAUAGCUGCACCACACGUUGCAAGAAGCUUGGUAAGCUCAGCUUGGUAAAGCUCCUUGAAGGCAACAUUUGUGUUUUCCUUGCUUUGUAUUUGAGGCCAACAACCUCUAGGCGUCACGACGUCCAUGUAUGUAUCUGCCUAGUUUCCGUCCACUCAAAAAGAGCGAUUGAACAUAUCCAGUAUAG